AUGUCGGUGCUCACUCCACAUGAAGCUGAUUAUCUCAUGGAGUUUCAUAUUGGUUCCCCAAAACGCAAAAUUCUUGCUAUUGCAGACACAGGAAGUGACCUUAUAUGGAUACAAUGCCAUCCUUGUGUGGGUUGCUACCUUCAAGAUGAGCCAUUAUUUGAGCCGACAAAAUCGACGACCUACAAAAAACUUUUGUAUGAAACAUAUUAUUGUUAUGCUUUGGGCACUGUUAAAAGGCGUGGGUACUUAGAUUGCUGCAAAUACAAUUUUUCUUAUUUAAGUGGGAUGUAUACAUUGGGAGUCCUAAGUAGUGACACUGUCUAUUUAGACUCCAUCAAUGGUGGAGUGGCUUCAUUUCCUAAACUAGCGUUUGGAUGCGGCCACCAAAAUCAUGCUAAUUUCAAUAGUCGUGUUCAGGGUGUCGUUGGCCUUGGUGGAGGAUUAUUAUCACUUAUUUCUCAGUUGAUCAAAACAAAAAUUGAACACAAAUUCUCAUACUGCUUAGUUCCUAGAGGUGCCACAACUACUAGUAAACUUAGAUUCGGAUCAGGAGCAACGAUGAAGGGGACAAUAGUUGUUUCAACCCCACUAGUAGAUGAACGUCCUCGGACCUUCUAUUUCCUUAAUCUUCUAGGUAUUACUAUUGGGAAUGAGACAAUAUAUGAGAGUCAAAAUCGUGGUAAUAUCAUAAUAGAUUCUGGAACAACCCUGACGAUGCUGAAUUCGAAUAUGUACAAUGGUGUGGAAGCUAUGGUUCAAAAAGCCAUUGGAAUCAGCCCAAUACCGAAUCCACCAUUAAAGUUUCGCUUAUGCUAUCGAACUAACUCCAGCGUAAAUAUCAAUAUUCCAGAAAUGAUAUUCCAUUUUAAUGGUGCGAAGCUUCAUUUACCAUCGACAAACACAUUUAUGAUAUAUCAAGAUUUAUACUGUAUGGCGAUAGUUUCAAAUGAUGAAUUAUCGAUUUUUGGAAAUGUAGCACAAGUGAACUUUCAAGUGGAGUUUAACCUCCAGAAAAGAGAAGUCUCUUUUGCCUCAGUAAAUUGCUCUACAGUGUGA